GGCGGAGCCGCGGGCGGAAACACGCGCAGCAGAACACUGAGUACCGAGCGCUCGUGCACAGACAGGAGUUCCGUACCAUUGUGAGGAGGAGACGCUUCAGAUGGAGCACUGACUAUCAGAACACACACACACAUAAACACACUGGAUCUGAUCUAUCUCUCACACACACUGCAACUUCUACCUGCUGGAGUUAUUACUGUCCGGCUGAAUCACAGAGAAACGAAGACUGAAAACAUGGAAUCGGCAAAGCAAGGAGGUGUGAUAGCUUAUGUCUGCUCCUCAAGCUCGGCCUCCAGCCCUGAGUCCUGCAUGAGUGACAGCUCUGCCAGCCAAUCGCCAUCCUCCUCUCCUCCUCUGCCCACUAAAGCGAGCCGUGCCACAGAUCUGUCCAUCAGCGCAGGAAUGCUGAAACACACACGUGGACACACAUCUGAUAAAAGCCUCGCUAACAAGAGCUCCAUCACCAAGCUGAAUGGGAUGGUGUUGCUGUGUAAAGUGUGUGGAGACGUCGCCUCUGGCUUCCACUAUGGUGUUCAUGCCUGUGAAGGCUGCAAGGGCUUCUUCAGAAGAAGUAUCCAGCAGAAUAUCCAGUAUAAGAAAUGCCUGAAGACUGAAAGCUGCACUAUAGUGAGGAUAAACCGCAACCGCUGCCAACAGUGCCGCUUCAAGAAGUGUUUAUCCGUCGGCAUGUCAAGAGACGCCGUGCGUUUCGGACGCAUCCCGAAGCGUGAGAAGCAGCGGAUGCUCCUGGAGAUGCAGACGGCGAUGAACAACAUGAUGAACAACAGUCAGCUCCAGCACAUGCUGCACGUUUCUCCGAGCGACUCGUCCAGCUCUUCUUCUGCAUCUCCGCCGGAUUCCCCACGCUCCUCGACGGAGUCGCUCGUCCCGAUGGACACCGCCUCGUCCUGCUCGUCCGACAGCGGAGAAGAAGACGGACGAUUCUCCUACAGUGCAUCUGUUUCCCCGGCCGCAUCUGAAACACUCAGCAGGGAAGAAGAAGAGCCGCAGAUGCAGUGCUGGAGACGCUCAGACUGUCAAAACACCACAGGACCUUACAGGGAACAGACGGCGCAGCAGUGCAUUCGCUUACCGACUGAAAACAUGAGUUACUGCAGGAGGAACAUGAAUGAAGGAGGAAACCGAGCACAUCUGGUUUGUCCCAUGAGCGCCUCCCCGUUUGUUGACGCCUCCAGACCCGGUCAUGAAGUCUGGGAAGAGUUUUCCAGGAGUUUCAUCCCUGCCGUUCGAGAGGUUGUAGAGUUUGCUAAGCGGAUCCCAGGCUUCCAGGAGCUUUCCCAACACGACCAGGUCAACCUGCUGAAGGCCGGCACAUUUGAGGUGCUGAUGGUGCGUUUCGUGCCUCUAUUCGACGUGCAGCAGCGGACUGUGAGUUUCAUGAGUGGCAGAAGGUACAGUGUGGACCUGCUGCGCUCCAUGGGGGCCGGAGAGCUGCUCAACUGCAUGUUCGAGUUCAGCGAGAAACUCGCCGCUCUGCAGCUCAAUGACGAGGAAAUGAGCCUCUUCUCUGCUGUGGUGCUCGUGUCUGCAGACCGAUCAGCAAUUGAGGACGUUGUCGGUGUGGAGGCCCUUCAGGAAAGCCUAAUCCGAGCCCUGAGGAACCUAAUCAUGAAAAACCACUCAAACGAAUCCUCCGUGUUCACCAAACUGCUCCUAAAACUGCCUGAGCUGCGAUCGCUCAACAACAUGCACUCCGAGGAGCUGCUCGCCUUCAAAAUACAACCCUAAACAACCAACCUGCGCUCUCCAUUUUACUCUUGAAUGUAUUUAACAGGCUUUUAUACUGAAUAACGACGCAUUCGUACGCUAUUAUUAGAUAUUGUGAUAUUUGCUAAUGACGCACAAGCGAAAGCGAAAAACGUUUGUUUUUUAAAACACAUGAAAGACUCUUCCUCUUUUAUUUAUGUGCAAUAGCUGCUAACGCAUGGCUAGUCGUAUAAGAGCAGCUUUACGUCGUGUUUGUCCAGAAGAGUUUGUAUUGAUUAAGGCCAGACGCUGCAGGCUUUUUAGGCUUUUCAUAAAUGCCAAGUAAACAUGCACUUAAAAAAAGCAUAAAAAAUAUAAACUUUAUCUUUUUUUGCACUUUUUGUAAAUUUCAGUCACAAUACAUAUUUUAAGACAAUACAUAUUUUACAUAUUUUUUCAUCUCAACUAAGCCACAAAUUGCUUUUUUAGCACUGUUUAUGUACAUUAAACAUCACAGUUUUGCAGGAACUACUUUAUCUGUGCAUUUAAAUAUCAUCACGUUUUAGAAUGCUCCAAAUUGGCCGGAACUACUUUAUCUGUGCAGUAAAUAACAUCAUGUUUUAGAAUGCUCCAAAUUGGCCGGAACUACUUUAUCUGUGCAUUUGAAUAGCAGUCGACAUUUAAUUAGCAGUCGAUUUUAAAAUGCUCAAAAUCUGCAGGUACUACUUUAAAUGUGCAUUUAGGAAACAGCACAUUUAAGAAUGCCCAAAAUCUGCCGGAACUACUUUGUCUGUGCAUUUAAAUAGCAGUCUAUUUUAGAAUGCUUAAAAUCUGCCGGAACUACUUUAUCUGUGCAUUUAAGUAACAGCACAUUUUAGAAUUCUCAAAAUUGGCCGGAACUACUUUAUCUGUGCAUUUAAAAAGCAGCACAUUUUAAAUGCUAAAAAUUGGCCAGAAUUAAUUUAUCUGUGCAUUUAAAUAGCAGUCGAUUUUAGAAUACUCAAAAUUGGCCAGAACUACUUUAUUUGUGCAUUUAAACAGCAGCACAUUUAAGAAUGCUCAAAAUUGGCCGGCACUAAUUUAUCUAUGCAUUUUAAACAGCAGCACAUUUUAGAUUGCUCAAAAUCGGCCAGAACUACUUUAUCUGUGCAUUUAAAUAGCAGUUGAUUUUUGAAUGCUCAAAAUCUGCCGGGACUACUUUAUCUGUGCAUUUAAAUAACAGCACAUUUUAGAAAGCCUAAAAUUUGCCGGAACUACUUUAUCUGUGUAUUUAAAUAAUAACACAUUAUAGAAUGCGCUAAAUCUGCCGGAACUACUUUCUCUUUGUAUUUUAAUAAUAGUACAUUAUAAAAUGCGCUAAAUCUGCGGGAACUACUUUAUCUGUGCAUUUAAAUAGCAGUUGAUUUUAGAAUGCUCAAAAUGGUCUGGAACUAAUUCAUUUGUGCAAUUAAACAGCAGCACAUUUUAAAAUGCUCAAAAUCUGCCAGAACUACUUCAUCUGUGGAUUCAAAUCAUAGCACAUUUUAGAAUGCCCAUCAGCCAAUCAGAAGCAAGCAUUCAACAGCCCUGUAGUAUAAUGAUAGCUUUUUAUUUUUAACCCUUUUUUUCGCCUGCAGUGUCUAGCCUUAAUGGACUGAUUAUGUGUUGUUGUGUAUAUAAAUAUCUGAUGUCAGUUUUCUGAAUGUAUGUCAGCAUGUCGGCAUUGUUUUCACCUGUAUAACAGGGCUUUUGCACGAGGUGUCGAGGAACAGGUGCGUUCGGCACCAUAAAUACGGAGCACAGACGGAAAACAUCCGCCUGCCCAAUUUAUAAUUUAUAAGCGGAGUCACUUUAAAAGCCGUUUUUUUAUAUAUCGACCAUGUAUUAAGAGGUGUUAUAAGUCUUCCAUUAUGCAAACGUGUAUAGUGGACCUGAACAAACGUACUGAAAGAAAUGGAGUUUAUUUAUGGCUGUUUGUACAGAUUGCCUUAUUAUUAUUAUUACUUUUGUUUCUGACGUUUCUCUGGAAUAACGGUGGAGCAGGGAAUCCAUGUUAAAGUCCCAGUUAUUUUGGGAUGCACUUCUUGCGGUUUACUCUAUGCAUAUGGAAACAGUGUGACAUUAUGGACAUUUCUCAGCCUGUAAUCCAAUAGGAUAAAGAUAUACUGCUCCCCUAUUCAGUUUUGGUGUGUCCAUGUGUUUUUUUGGUUGUUUGUUUCCUUAUAAAUAACAGUGCAGUAUGUAUAGUUGUGUAUAUCUAUUUGAAAUAUAUCAUUAUGAAAAGAAAAUCAAUAAAUAUUUACUUGUCA